UUGACUGAUUAGAGAAAAAAAUCUUCAUUCUGUGGUUAAUUGUGCUAAAAACAACUUGUUAAUUAAAUUAGUUUAAAAUUUUAUAAAAAAAAACUUCAACUAUGGCUACUUUGGAAGAUAAAUUAAUGGGAGAAAAGCUGGAAUACUACUGCAGUAGUGAUGAGGGUGAACCAGAAGACUGUGAAGAUGGCGAGGAAGGCUCUAGCAAAGGUGCAGCUUGCAAACAGGGUCCACAGGGUUUUGUAGAUCCAGAUGUUUGUCCACCAGCUCCUGCCGGUGGCUAUCGCAGUCAGGGUUCCACUAAUACCGGUCCCAAGGGUGUGGUAGAAGACUGGCAAAAGUUUAAGAAACUACAGGCCGAAUUAAGGGAGGAAAGUGAAAAACAGCGCAUAGAAAUGGCCAAAAAACUAACCAUGACUACGGCCACUGCUCAAGAAGAAGAGGAGCGUAAAAAACAAGAGGAACUUGAUGCUGAAUUGGCUGAAUUAAUGUCUGAGGACUUUUUGCAACAAUUUCAAAAACAAAGAAUGGCCGAAAUGUUGCGUCAAUGUGGCCACAGCCAACAAUUUGGCAAAGUACUUAAUCUCACUUCUCACGAGGAGUUUCUCAAUUGUGUGGAAAAAGAAAAUAAACACACUACCGUUAUAAUACACAUCUAUGAUCGUAAUGUUACCGCCUGUGGCACUUUAAAUAAAUGUCUUGACACCUUGGCCACUGAAUAUCCCACAGUUAAAUUUGCCAAAAUCUGUAGUUCAGUGGCAGGCAUGAGUAGAGAUUUUCGCACAAAAGGUUUGCCUGCUUUAUUGGUUUAUAAAGCUCAGGCGGUUAUAGGCAAUUUUGUUAGAGUAACCGAUGAUUUAUCAGACGAUUUCUUUGCCUCUGAUGUGGAAAGUUUUCUUAUAGAAAAUGGCAUAUUGGUAGAUAAGAAUCUGUAUAAUUAAGGACCAAGUUAAUAACAAAGGACUAUACUACUUAAACCACAAAAUCAGAAAUAAUACUGUAGAUUGUGUUCACUGCUCACAUUAGAAAACGGUUCACCAAUUCACUCCCACUUUCCCUUUAACAUGAUUCAUAUUUUCCUAAUUUAACUCAGCUAACUCAAAACUCUAUUAAAAUAUUUUAAAACAUAUAAAUAUAGUAUUAACAUAUUUAGCUUUUUAAGAAUUUUAGGGAAUAUUUGCUACAACAUAAUUUACUUUUGGCAUACUAGUGUUUUUAAGUGUGCCUCGAUGGUACGUAAUGUUAAGAAAAACGAGAAGAGCAAUGGGCCCGCAAUGAAAUACUAUACAAAUAUUGCAUUUUAGCUAGAAUGUACGUACGUCUUUUAUUGUAGUAUUUAUUAAAUUUAAUUUAUAUUUUGUUUAAGAAAAUUAAAAAAAGUAUAUUUUUUAAACGCCUAACAUACAAAAAUACUAUAAUAUUUUAUGUAAACACUAACUGUUGCAUUAUUUUUAUAAUGUAAUAAAUAUUUAUUUUAAUAAACUAAUUCUUAAAACCCCUUAAGACCCCAAACCAAAAGAGUUUUUUUUUUGCAU